AUGGAACGGGACACUGGGCAGGCCCAGGGCCUGUCUGAACUCUAUGAAGUAGAGAAAAAUACCUUACCCGUGCCAGGAAGCGAUGCCCCGCUCCUCGGAAGAGACGAUGGUGAGGAUGGUGAGGAUUGUGACGAUGAUGAAGAUUGUGACGAUAGUGAUGAUGGUGAGGAUUGUGACGAUGGUAAUUGUGACGAUGGUGAGGAUUGUGACGAUAGCGAGGAUGGUGAGGAUUGUGACGAUGGUGAGGAUGGUGAGGAUCGUGACGAUGGUGGGGAUUGUGAAGAUGGUGAGGAUUGUGACGAUGGUGAGGAUUGUGACGAUGGUGGAGAUUGUGACGACGGUGAGGAUGGUGAGGAUUGUGACGACGGUGAGGUUGGUGAGGAUUGUGACGAUGGUGAGGAUUUUGACGAUAUUUCAUUUUGCCAGCCCGAGCUGAUAAAUCAGCACGGUUACCCUGUGGAGAGCCACGCAGUCGUAACAGAAGAUGGUUACCAGCUUACCCUCCAUCGCAUCCCCUACAGUAGUAAACUCCACCGACAUCACAGCCCUUCACAGAACAGCCCUUUCAACUCUAAUGAACUAGGCAUGGGAUCCAAGCCGCCAGAGGAUAUGAAGGCCAAGCCCCGAGGUGACGGGAGGGACUACGUGUUUGAAACAAGUGGAAAGCCUGCAGUGUUCCUUCAGCAUGGAGUGCUGGCCAGCUCGCUGGAUUGGGUCCUGACUGGUCCUCACAAAGCUCUAGGUUACAAACUAUCGGAUGCCGGUUAUGACGUAUGGAUGGGGAAUCUAAGAGGAACCAUAUAUUCAGCUCGUCAUAAGAAUUUCAACAACACACAGCCAGAAUUCUGGAAUUACAGUUGGCACGAAAUUGGGAUGUACGACCUUCCUGCCAUGGUUGACUACGUGCUUAGAGUGACUGGGGACCCUGACCUCCAUUUCGUGGGCCACUCGAUGGGGGCCACUACUGCCGUUGUGAUGCUCUCCGAACGACCAGAAUAUAACAGUAAACUGAAGAUUACGCUUCUGCUUGCUCCCGUUGUCAAGCUAGAGCACAACACAAGCAUCUUCCGGCAUUCUGCUUCCUUGUGGAAAGCGCUGCAGAGAGUCACCAGUUACUCUGGACUGCACGGGUUUCCACCACACCCAGAGCUGAUACAACGGCGCCUGGAGCCAAUGUGUGAGGAGCAAUACAUAGGCAGAGGGCUCUGCGCGAACAUCCUUCAUGUGGUCGCUGGGUACUCCAAGGAGCUGAAUCACACUCUCCUGCCGGUACUGUUUGGGCACUACCCGACGCAGACGUCCACCAGAACACUGUCGCACUUUCUCCAAGGAAUGAACACAGGAAAGUUUUCGAAGUACGACUAUGGACCAGAAUACAAUAUGGUCCACUACAACCAGUCAGAGCCAUCGGACUAUAUUGUCAACAGGAUCAGUUCUCCCGUGGCGAUAUUUUGUGGAGACAGCGAUCCAUUUACAGAUCCACAGGAUGUGUCCUGGCUGGCGGAUCAGUUUCGCAACCUCAUCGGCAACUUCUUGGUUCCUUCUGCAUCCUUCAGCCAUCUCAGUUUUCUGUGGGCUACCAACGUAGAUCGAAUUCUCUACGACCCGAUGAUUAGUCUGCUCGACCGGUACAAACAACAAUGACACCCAGCAGCGUCAAUGCACCGAUGUUGCCUCAUCUGCUAUCCACACAAGGGAAAUUUGGAGCCAGCGAACAGACCUUCGUUUUCGAAACUACAACUAUGGCAGUUAAAGACAAAAACACAUCGGUGGUACAUUUUAGUAUCAAAAUUAAUUUCUUAAUUUAGGGGACAAACAUUCUAAAGUCAGUGGUGGGAACCUGAGUAAGUAGCUGACAUUUAAAUGGUACACAAUACAUCCUAUAGUCAUGUUUUAAUUAAUGUGUUUUUUCUCAGUAUUAAUAGCUUGGUUUGAAAUACCUGGAGACAGCGGCAUCUCCUAUAGCACAGAAGCUGGCAAGCAUAUGAAGUUCUGCUGAAUUCUAAUAAUGCUAAACUUAACUGACGAAGUUUGUUACCAAAGCUUUCACCGCCUCCUGCGUAUCUCGCUGAUCUCCAAGUAUUUCGCGACUUGGCUCCUUUGUUAUCAAUCUCAAUUCAUCGUCUACACCGUAGCCCGUCGCUAUACCGACUGAGCUAUCCCAGUCCCAUGAUUUCUGAUUGCAUUAAUUUAUUUAACAAAUCAGUGGCAAAACUGCGGAAAAAAUCAG